AUGCAGCAACCUCAGCUCGACCUCGAAGUCCUCGACCCAGUCCUGCGCCAGGUGCUGUCCGACCACAGCGAGAAGACCCUGGCCUGGAUGCGCACCGAGCAUGGGGCGUGGGGAUACCUCGCCGGGCAGGGCGUCGCCGCCACCAGGCAGCAGCUCGGACGCCAGCUGACCGACCCCGAGCGGCGUAUGGUCUGGAGCCGCCUCUGGUGGUGGCUUGAACAGCUCAAGCUACGCCUCCGGGAACCGCAGUAG